GCUGUGCUGUGUGCCGGGUGUCAGUCCUUCACUGCGAGGAAGGAAAAACUUUGAUUUGACGCAUUAACGUUAGCGGGGGGGAGGUAAACAAGAUGGCGACAACCUGAGUGGCAAGAGUAACACGAAGAGUCAGAAAAUUUUCAACUGAUACCCAACUAGACCCGAGUGAAACAUUUGCUGCGCCAAGGACGGACAAAACGCCCAAAAAAGCAAGUAAAAGCCGCGAAGGAAACACGAUUCAUGUGGAUUUAGGCACCAGACAGUAGGAGCCCUGGUGGCAUGGAGGACACCUAAGGCCAGGUGGACACAUUGGAUGGCUCAGUCGACCUCCACCAGCCGGACUGACACCACAGUUUGGGCUGAUACUGCUGCAUGCGUUUGGCUGUAGGUCUGUGCUUGGGUCGGUUCCAGUUGUACACACUUAUGUGUCCUGAGGCAGACUAUGCCAUGCAGCAUGGACCUUUGACAGAAAUGUUGUGCUGCAUGGCCUUGAACCAGGACUGGUUGCCUCUACCUAAGGCUGUAUGGUGUUAAAUUCAUAUAUAGGUGACCUAGAGUUCAGGAGAGAAAAAUAACAGUUGUAAACAACUGUUAUUUUGUUUUGUUUUGUUUUGUUUUUCUUUUUGUUUUUCAGUUCAACUGCACUUGUCACAUACGCAGUACAAAAUGCACAGUAUAAAGCACUAACUCAGCACUGGACCCAACAGGUUCUUCACCUCUGUCGCGACUCUUGAGUAAAAAGAGCCCUAAUGUUUACAAAUUGGGAUUGAUCCCCACUUUCUCCCUCAACUCUCAGGCCUGAUUACUCUCUCACCCAUGUUCAGUAUUUUGUAAUUCAUCUAUAUUCCAUCUUGUGGAAUUAAAAAUACUCGGCUUAGAGCUGAAAGGUUACCAGUGGAUAACGCUCCAGCAGCAGUUGUAGCUGUUAGCAAAUAUUUUUGCACAGGAGGCUUAAGCGCUGUGGCUGCAAAACUGUCAGUCAUGAGUACCGGGGAUAUACAUCAUCUUGACUAUCUAAAUGAAAAUGAACUGAUGGAGAUGGAUACCUUCAUCCACCGCAUUGACUCUACAGAGGUGAUCUACCAGCCACGGAGGAAGAGGGCAAAGCUGAUAGGAAAGUACUUGAUGGGGGAUCUGCUGGGGGAGGGAUCUUAUGGCAAAGUGAAAGAGAUGCUGGACUCAGAGACACUUUGUCGCAGGGCUGUCAAGAUACUGAAGAAGAAGAAGCUGCGGAGGAUUCCUAACGGAGAAGCCAAUGUGAAAAAGGAGAUUCAGCUGCUAAGAAGACUCCAACACAAGAAUGUGAUUCAGUUGGUGGAUGUGCUCUACAACGAAGAGAAGCAGAAAAUGUAUAUGGUGAUGGAGUAUUGCGUUUGUGGGAUGCAAGAAAUGCUGGACAGCGUCCCUGAGAAAAGGUUUCCAGUAUUUCAAGCUCACGGGUACUUUUGCCAACUCUUAGAUGGCCUUGAAUAUUUGCACAGCCAGGGAAUAGUUCACAAAGACAUUAAACCAGGGAAUCUGCUGCUGACCACAGACGGGGCUCUUAAAAUCUCCGACCUGGGAGUAGCAGAGGCCCUUCACCCAUUUGCGGAGGAUGACACAUGUCGCACCAGUCAGGGCUCUCCGGCCUUUCAGCCUCCAGAGAUUGCCAACGGACUGGACACCUUUUCAGGGUUUAAAGUGGACAUUUGGUCUGCUGGAGUAACACUAUACAACAUUACAACAAGCCUGUAUCCGUUCGAGGGGGACAACAUCUAUAAGCUAUUUGAGAACAUUGGAAAAGGAGACUACACUAUUCCUGAGGAGUGUGGACCCCUCCUGUCGGACCUGCUGCGAGGAAUGCUUGAGUAUGACCCUGCAAAGAGGUUUUCCAUACAGAACAUAAGACAACACAACUGGGUGCGUAAGAAACACCCACCAUCUGAGCUCCCUGUGCCCAUCCCUGCCAGCGCAGAGAGCAGGGACCCUUGGCGGAGUAUGACGGUGGUGCCCUACCUGGAGGACCUGCAUGGCUACACCGAGGAGGACGAUGACGAGCUCUACGAUGGAGAGGAUGAGAUCAUAUACACUCAGGACUUCACAGUGCCAGGACAAGUGGCCGAAGAAGAUCAGGAUCAGGGGAAUGCAGACCACAGUCCAGCUGUAGCCAAGCCAGUUUGUGUGAACGGGACAGAGGGGGGCUCCCUGAACAGCAAGGCCAAAGCCGAACGUCGAUCCUCCUCCUCAUCCAACCCUUCACGUAAAGGAGUCUCCACAGCCAGCAAGAUCCGCAAGCUCUCCACCUGCAAACAGCAAUGACCCCCCCACCGUGACCAUCCUCCCUCGGCAACAGCCCACCUGGUUGAUCUGUCCCCGUCCUUCUGUGUCUGGAGUCCUCACGGUUGUGAGAGAAACCUGCUGAAGUUAAUGCCCCACCACCAACCCCCACCCCCCACCCCCUCCUUGGACCACCGGCCUGCAGAGUCUUUUUUUAAAGAUGCGGUAUGAGUGACGGGGAGGAGGACAGCAUGAAAUGUUCUAUAUGCUCUGAGACUGAGGCACUGGAUGUGAAGAUGGUGUUUUCUUUCCUCACAUAUUUUGGCUCCUUCAGCUCCUGUCAUCCAGUCUGUCAUCUAGUCACCCCCCCCACCCCCUCCCCCUCCCCCUCCAUCCUUCCUGUCAUCCUCUUCGGAGGACCAAGUGUUGCACCGGACGUUACAGAACACCAUCACCACUGUUCUCACCUCUCCACCCUUUGUUUCUUUUGACUACCUUUUGUUUUUACAGAACCCUAAUGGCAGUUUUUAAGACACAUUGUGAUGUGUAAAAAAAAAAAAAAAAAAAAAAAAUUAAAGAGGAAAAAACAGAACAAAAGUUAUGAAUAAUUCUAUAUUUAAAUCUAUGAUGCGAAUAAUUAUGAUAGUACUCUACUACCACCAACAUAAAAACUGCAUGCUGUACAGAGCUGGAAGAAAGGGAAAGUGCUUGGUUUGUGGACAGACUGAAGCCUUGAAAUCCACCAUUGACCUGUUGGGGAUUUUUGAUUUCCAUUUAGGUUUUUCUCUUUUUCUUUUUUCCAAUGAAUAUUUUUUAAUUAUUAUUUAUAUAAAAUAUGUCCCAAACAGGCUGUUUUGUUGGAUGAUCCUUCUUGUUGUUGAGCAUAUUUUUAUUAUGCAAUACAGCUCAAUGGUUUACGUCCUUGUUUUUGUUUUAUUAUUAUUUUUGAUAGGUGCAUCUUUCUCUGAUGUUGGCCAGUUUUGUAGUCAAAUCCUAGAAUAUCAAGAGCCGUUUGCCGCUCAGCUGCAGGCGCUGUGCCCAGCCGCCUAUUUUCCAGCGAUGCUCUUUGUUGUGCCGACCACAUAAGCGGGAGCCCCACCCCCCUCUUACGCAGCCAGGCCCAUCAUCGGCCCAUCAUCAGCCCCUCGCUGGGAAUAGAUCAAGGGAGCAGGUGAGUCACUACUGAGGGAGGGAGAAUGAAGAGCUUCCUACGUCAGCAAGGUCGACAGAGAGGUUCUCCAUUCAAGAAUACGUACAAGGAGCAGCAGGGUGAAGGUGAUGAGUAUGAUUAGUAUGUGAGGGGAGAUUUAUUUCUGACAUUUCUGUUCUCAGGGUGAUGAUUUUGCUGUUUUGACAGUUUAUAGACAUACAUCAGCUCACAUGAUUCACAUCAUAUAAAAUCAUCAAUCGGAGGGAGCCACUAUAUUUUUCCACUCUUUUUAUUCAGAAAUAUGUUAAGACCAAAAAUGAAUAUGUGCCUCAGUUGGUCCCACAAGGUCUAAUCUUUGUCAAGGCUGAAAGACAUUUGAAUUUUCUGCAUGACUCAUCUCACUAUAAAAGCAGAUGGUUCACCAUGAACAUGGACAAAGACAUGAGUUUCAUAAGAUAUACACACACUGUUAUAC